AUGGCGACUCUCAACCCUUCACCAGCCUUCUGGAGGCCCGCGGCCCUGCCACUCUUCACCAGCCUCCUCGCCCUCCUUGGCGCCGCAGACGGGGCCUUUAACCUCGCCAAGCCGGAAAGUGGGGCCGCGACAUUCGGCCUGGUCCCGCCGCACCGCGAUUCCCUGACGCCAAGCCAAUUCGACGCCUUCCACCACGCGCUCAUCAAGAUCAAGGGGGCCCGCAAUCUGCACAUGUCCUCGUGCAUUCUGGCUCUGGUGCUUUACGGCCAGUUCUCGGACGUCUGCCGCGCGUCACCGGUGGCUGCUGUGGCGGUGAGGCGGUGCGUAGGGAUCGUACUGACGCUGGGUGCCGGGGUUGGGUUCAGCGGGGCCGCUGUCGUGACGGAAUAUCUGAAGAGCCCGGAUGCCUCUACGGAGGCUGUUGAAGUUGGGAUCGCGAAGGUCAAGGCGCACUUACUUACGAACGUGUCCAUAGUUGCUCUUGGCUUGAUGUACCUAUUUUACUGA